UAAUUCACUAAGCUCAUUCAUUCAUUCCCCCAGUAAUAGUAUUUCUCUCUCAGCUGCGCAAAAGGGAAAAGGGAUUCAAUCGGUCCUUGGUAGAUUUCUGGGCAAAGCUCGAUAUCUCCUCUCCUUCUCAAUGUAAGUUGCUUUGAUAGAUGAUGAAUGAUGAUCUCUGAGAAACCAUUGGGAGAGGAGUCAAUCCGGAAGGAUCUGGAAGGUUUAACAGUAUCAAAGCGCCUUGUGAAAAGUGUUAGCCAGAAGCUGAAGAAAAAGAUCUCUAAAACCGAGGCGGUGGAAGAUGAAGUGGAUGCCAGAGGAGGAGGAGCUGUGAAUUGUCUAAACAUUAGUGGUAGAGGUGUUGGCUGCAAAGUUGCCGACACCGGAGAUGAUUUCGAGGAUAAGAGAUGGUCCAGUGCUAGUGAGGGCUUGACCACCACCACCAUCUGCGGAACCGAAGAAACGAGGCUGGAUUGCUUUUCCUAUGGAGUCAAAGAGAUGUUCUUUAAGAAGCAUAACAACCGAAAAUACCUAGAACCAGAGCACAACCACCACGUAUUCCUCCCCGACGAUAUUCUCGAAAUGUGCUUGAUGCGGCUUCCUUUGACCAGCCUAAUGAACGCCCACCUCGUUUGCAAGAAAUGGCGGCACAUGGCCACCACGCAGCGCUUCCUCCAGCUGAGACGCCAAGGCUCCUUUCAGUCCCCGUGGCUGUUUCUCUUCGCUGGCGAGAUUCACGGGUACGACGUGUCUCAAGACAAAUGGCAUAGGGUUGAAUCCGAUGUGCUUAAAGGGCGCUUUAUGUACUCGGUGACGAGCAUCCAUGAGGAGGUUUAUGUAAUCGGAGGCCGUUCCGAGGAUAGAAACUCUUUCAAGACUCACAGAGGGGUCCUCGUCUUCAGCCCUUUAACCAAAUCCUGGCGUAAAAUCAAGUCUAUGAGACACGCUAGAACGCUUCCCGUUGUCGGCUCCACUCAUGUUUCUUCAGAGCUGUCCACCAUACAACAGAGUCAACGCUUUCACCGGUCAUCAAGAGAAUCAGAUGUUUACGAAGACCCUCACAGGUUCUCUGUCAGACGCAGCCAGGCCGCUGAUCAAACCGGAACUACUGUUGUAUCCCACAGAUCGACAAGACUGAAACUCAACAGCUCCAGGAGAUUCGUGCUCAUUGCAAUCGGAGGGUCCGGAUUGUUUGAUGAGCCGCUCGAUUCAGGUGAGAUAUACGACUCAGCGACAAACACUUGGUCUGAAAUCCAGAGACUUCCCAUGGAUUUUGGGGUUGUGUCUUGCGGGAUCAUAUGCAAUGGAAUCUUCUACGCUUACUCUGAGAACGAUAAGCUAUCAGGGUACGACAUAGAGAGAGGCUUCUGGAUUGGUAUCCAAACAUCUCCAAUCCCUCCUCGGGUUCAUGAGUUCUACCCUAAGCUCAUCUCCUGCAACAACCGGCUGUUCAUGCUUUCGGUCUCGUGGUGCGAUGAAGGAGAUGGACAGAUUGGGAGGAGAAACAAAGCGGUGAGGAAGCUGUGGGAGUUGGAUCUUGUGUACCUUACGUGGACCGAGGUUUCGGUUCACCCUGACGCACCGAUGGAUUGGAACGCCACGUAUGUGUCAGACCAGAACAUACUAAUGGGAGUUGAGAUGUUCAAGAUCUUUGGGCAGGUGUUGGGUUUCUUCACUGUAUGCGAUGUAUCGAGAGAAGAAGUCUCUUGGAGACAUGUUUCCAGGAACCAAAGGAGUCAGAAACUUAAUCGAUCUUGUAUGAACAAGACCAUUGCCUUGCUUCAUCUCUGAUCUUUUUAUUUUAUUUUUAAGUUCACUGUAAUAUUAUCUUUCAGGAUUUGUUAAAUGAUUGUUUUGAAAGAAAAGGUAAUCUGUGACCGUCCCCUUGUGAUUGAAAUGUAAUGUUCGUAUUUUCACUGA